CGAAGAAAAAAGACGUUUAUUUACGAAAAUUAGACAAAAAAAGACACUGAGAAAAGAGAGCGCCAAGUCAGAUAAUGUGCAAGUACGUGCUUGUCACGACAGUAAUUUUUCUCAUUUGUUCCAUCAUUGUCGGGGGAUAUUUUUUGUGGAUUUCUGUUUUUGGGAAGCGUGAAUGUCACAGAGAUUCUGACCCUCCCAUCUACAAAUGCAGUACAACAGUCCACAUUUUCGGAUGGAAAGAAUGCAGUUUCAAAAAUAUCUGCUUGGAUGCUCGUCACACAAAUUUCGUACCUGAAAGCGACUUUGUCCCUGAAAACAAUACAAGUCUCGAUCUCGGAGGCGGAUCUGGCUCGAAAAUGCACACUCUCACAUCCGACAUUUGCAAUAAAUUUCCCGUUGUCACCAUUUAUCGAGCAAGCAUGCUCGGCUUGACGAUGAUCCACGGGAACGCCUUCAAAAAUUGCAAAAAUCUCGAAAAACUUAAUUUGGGUUACAACUCGCUGACACACCUUCCUCGAAAUGUCUUCGAGUCAAACACGGAAAUGAAGUAUCUUUACUUGUAUUUUAACCGUUUACGCGAAAUUGAUCCAGGAAUCUUCAAAACGCUUCAGAAACUCGAAAAAUUACAUCUUGAAGGAAAUUCUUUAAUUUCGCUGAAUUUGCGGCAAUUUCCUCUUAUGCCGUAUUUACGUUCCUUGUUUUUGCAUCAAAACCAACUGCGAGUCUUGGAAGUCAAAAGGAUCGCGAAGAAAUUUCCGCGUUUGGGGUACUUAAGUUUGUGUGAUAACGCGUUUAUUAUUGGAACAGAUCUGCACACAUUGCUGGAAUAUUUUAACGAAAGACAUGUCGAUACAGAUCUGAGAUAUUGUUUAAGUGAAAAAGUUGAAAGUGACAUAUUUAAAUAAAU